GCCUGUAUACAGACAAACGCCUGGAUGGACCCAGAUGGUAGCAAUGAAGGAGAAUGCCUCUUUACCCCUCAAAUAGCCCAGAACAUCCUUUCCGAAAAGCUCACAGGAAGAAAUUAGAUUUAAAUGUACAUGAAACAUGGAGCGUUGGGGCCCCUAAAAACAGAGAUUUUAUAGCAGGACAUGAGAGAUUAAGGAUCGGCAGCAUGAGUUUCUCUGCCGCUCAUCACCUGACCAAGAAGAACAUGACCUAUGCACCGGCGGAGGUCGCCAUUGAACCCAGGCCUUGGGAACCUCAGACAGUUCUUAUUGUCGCCAUUUUUGGAAUGGUGUGUUUGCUUCAUCUAAUGGCGUUCCUGUACAGCCUCCGCUUCCAGCACCAUGGGAACAACGACCCCAAAGCCUUCGCAGGUUCCCUCUCAGAGCCAAAAGAAAACAAAGACGUUGCCUUUCUAAAAUUCUAACGCCAACCCACCACCACCGCUCACAAAAGGGAAAGCUAGCCCGUACAAUCCAUACCUGCAGAAUCCUGCAAACUUCAUGAGGCUCUCAGUCACUGAGCCUGGGGUAAUACCACUCAUGGAACGAUGAUUAUGAGUCUGGAAAGCACUACAGUGUGCAUCUGGUUCAGCAGUAUUCUUCUUCUAACUCUGCACCAUUGACAGGCAAAAGGAUUUUGGAGAAAACACAAGUGAGAAAAAGAGCAGGGGCGCUUUAAAUGAUGCAGCAUGGGACAUUGUUCUAACCAGCUGAAAGCACACAAAUAAAGGAGAACUAAACCUCAACAUCGAAUUCGUCUACACAUGCCACCUUAUGUUUGGUGCUUCUGUACCAGCCAAGAACCACUAUAAACCUUUAGUAUUUGCUCCCCUGUUUUUUAUGCUGAUUCACUGCACAUGUUUCUGGGGUACUGUCGCUAACCUGAGCUUAGGGGUUCAAUAUACAGGUAUA